AUGAAUUCUACUGUAAGACUCUACCGACGUAUUCUCAAGCUACACAGAAAACUUCCCCUUGCGUCGAGGGCUUUAGGAGACCAGUAUUUAAAGGACGAGUUCAGACGACACAAAAAUGCAACUCGUGAGCAACUCGCAGAGUUCAUUCAGGAAUGGAAGGUUGGCUGACAUGUUGUUCAUAAGCUUAAUUUUAGGCUUGCUUAGAUAUCUUUUUAAUAUCCUGAAGAGAUUUGCGUUAUAGUACAGCCAGUUUUAAUUAAUUAAACCCAAGAACGUUUUAAUUGGCAUUAUCACAGAAUGAAAGGCCGAUAAUUCUUGGGUGAGUAAACGUUGAUGUUAUGCAAUAGCUAAAAUUGAACUUCUAAUCCAUUGCUCCUGGCCACUUUGUAUUUACAUCUUGUUGGAUAAGGAAAGUGCUUAUCGUGUUAUACCUUGUUCUUCAACCCUUUAACCGUUUAGGUCCCAAGAGUGUCCAACAUCAAUUUUCUCCUAACAACACACCACAUCAGCAGAUCAACAAGAGUAAAGGUUAUGAGAAUUACUAAAUUGAUUACCAAAGGAGGAAUGCUUUGACCUUAAACCAAAUUCUCUCAACUGUUCUUUAAAGAAAUGUAUGGAGAUCAGUUUGGAGAAUUUGUAUUUGGAUCUUGGGCCUAAAGGUUUAAAGCCCCACCAAUAUCAACGAACAAAUCCUCCAGACUGAUCUCAGCCGUACAUUUCCAUAAAAAAUUAGUUGGAAGAAUUCAAUAAAAGAUCAAAGUAUUUCCCUUUGGUGAUCAAUUUGUCAAUCUCCAUAACCUUUUCUCUAUAUUACACUGUACAUUAAUGGUAUUGCUAGUUUGUACGUGAUAUCACGACAACCAUUUUGGUGGUCAAGAACAAAAGCAUUUCUCUCCUUUGGGAACUAAACUCUAUUUUCAUGGAAAUUCUUUGAGAAAAAGUUCUAUUGUUCUGACCCCCAACAUGGCUGCCGUGUCACAUGGUUGCAAACCAAGAAUUGUUGGGAUAAAAUUGAAUUGGGACUUAAGAAGCUAACAUGUGACAAGUGGCUGGGAGUUCUGAAGGUAUUACUGUGAUGUUUUGCACCUGGUUUGAGUUCAAUCCAUGUCAUAACCAUUAUUAUUGUGAAAAACCUUUCAAUAAAUAAGAUCUUAGCUAACCAUUUUGAGUCAGUGCUUAACACUUAGCAGUAUUGUCAGCUCUUAACCCUAAUCAUAAUCAAAUCGAGGAUCAAAGGCAAACAGGGCAAAGGGGAGCAAAACCAGUUGUUUCCCAUAAAACCGUGCCUUGUUUACAUGUGACAAUACAUGUACUUUCUGGAAGCAUCACAUUUCAUGAAAUUAGAAGACUAUUUUGGACGUAAUUAGCAUUGUGAUCAACAUCCAUUUCCAGUUAAUAAUUAUGAAAUAGCUUUCCAACAAGUACUCUGUACAUGGGGAGCAAGGGUGGCGCAGUGGUGAGAGCACUCGCCUCCCACCAAUGUGGUGCGGGUUCGAAUCCUGGCAUCGACGCCAUAUGUGGGUUGAGUUUGUUGUUGGUUCUCUCCCUUGGUCCGAGAGGUUUUCUCCGGGUACUCCAGUUUUCCCCUCUCCUUAAAAACCAACACUUCCAAAUUCCAAUUCGAUCUGGAACGCACGGACACGUUUCAGCGAGUUCUUAUGAACUCCUUAGUGAUCCGUGGGUAAACAAAUUACAAUUUUUUGUAGAUUUUGACGAGUCGCAUUUAAACAAAGAGCAAAGGUCUAACAAAAAAAUUUUAAACAAUCAUUGUCCAUUUGUUGACAGGGAGUGAUUCCCACUCUGGUGUUGAAAUUCUGUUUUCUGACGAGCAUUUCUUGAAAGAAAACAAAUUAAUAUUUUUCAUUCCUUUUUUCUUUCUGCAUCCAGAUCUAUGCUGAUAUGUUGGAGGGACAACAAAAGGAAGGAAAUGACUUUGGAAGUCAUAUGUCAGAAGACCAGGUGUCAAAUAUACGCGAGGAACAGUUGCUUCAGCUGUAUGCUCUUCAUCAAGAAAUAAACAGUCCUCCUGAGGGGGUAGAUUCAGCUGAAAAAAGGUGAAAUUUUUUGGAAGAUCAUGUCUUAAAUCAAAGCCUUUGCUUUGCAUCAGGCGAUAACCAACUACUGGUCCAAUCUAAGAUUGAAGUGGGUGUGAGGAACAUGUGCAGCAGAACCUCUAUGGAUGAAGAGCUCCUCUUCAGCAUGGAAAGUGCUUUAAUUACCACGGACAGUUCUGCUGGUCCCAAAGAUACCUUGAAUCAUACUAUUCCUACGUCCACAACUUCAUACAGACACCUGUAAUGCAGACACAUCUUACAGUGUGUAUAAUGGGUAUUUUUUUCUUCUUCCCUGUAUUUUUUUUUUUGUGUGUGUGUGUGUGGUAUUAACUCUUUUACUCCAGUUAGUGCCCAAAGGGGAAAAAAUUAGAAAGGAUCAUUAUGCGUCUCUGGAAACUGCCCACCUACGCUUCUCCUAAGCCAACAAAAACACUUACUUCUCACUUAGGGUAAAAUGUUGGCUUAGGGGAGGGGUAGGUGGGCAGUCUACCAGAAAUGUAUGAUGAUCCAAAAAUUACAAGAAAAUUUAACUUAUUCCUUUUCACAAAAUUCUAUGACAUAAAUAGUAUUAGGCAAAAGUUAAGUGAAGGAGUUAAAGAGGUUUGACUUAACAUUUAUAUAAGAUUCAGAGAGUAUCCUGCAACAGCCAAUACCCUUCACUGCUAGACAUGAUGACUGUAUCAAUUUCAGUGAGGAGGUGGGGGUGGGGGUUGCAAUUGCAAGCUUAUUUUCGUGAUGCUGUGAUGGACCAUUUUUUGUGUCCGUGAAUUGUGAUUUACUGAAAAACUGUUCUGUGAAUCUUGAUUGAAGUGCACUCCGUGAAACAUAAACUGCCAAAAUCCUCCAUUGUGUACACAUACAGUCGACUCUCUCUUAACGGACACCUCUAUAAGACGGACACCUCUGUAAAAUGGACACUUAGAGUUGGUCCCUGCUUUUCUUUAAUCCUUUUAUUUGACUCUCUAUAAGACGGACACUUAGUGCCGGUCCCAAAGGUGUCCGUCUUAGAGAGAGUUAACUGUACAUUGAAGAUCAAUUGAAGAAAAUAACUUGUUUUUUUUCUUUUGGCCAAACAACCUUGACUGGCAUUUGGUGGAUUGAUUGAACUUCACUUUUGAGUCUUUUGAUGUCACUUCACACUUCAGUGUGCUCCAACUCAUUUACAGCUGGCUUCCCUGGGGAAUUUAUAGCCAGGCAGAGAUCACCCAAACACGUGGCCAAGAUCAAAAGUGACUCGUGAAACGCAAAAUUGUCAUUUGUGCACUUGUGACGAGAUCCCCCCUUGCCCCCCUUCUUCAAAGAACAGUUUCCUGUGUCUGAAAACAGCAGUGCAAAGCAUAGAUAUGUUUAACCGCUGGUUUCCAUAAGAGUUGAAGUCAGAGUUGUAAGUGGAGUCGUAAGAAUGCUUAUGACCUCAUGAAAAUAAGGAAUAAAGGAAGUCAAAUCAGAGUUGGAAAAAUCUGAACCUGACUAAUUUCUUCCGACACUCAUGACUCUGUUGCUUAUGGUCUAGUGAAAACCAGAAAUGUCAGAGUCAGAGAGCUUUGUCUGUAAUUUCUUUUAAAUUCUCUUAAUCUAUAAUUAUUAUUGUUGUAAGUUGGCCUUCUUUCAUUUUCAGUUAUUAUAAAAUAACUUGGGUGCUUCCUUACAAAACCCAUAUUAUGACCAAAUAAAAACAACAAGUAAUUGUCGAGGAAAAAGGAUUUUAUUUUUCUUUAUUUACAACUUGUAUAAAGUAGUGACAACAACAAAAAUGUCAUCAAUAAAUACUAACAAAAAUUCUUCUUUUAGUCUCCUUAUAAAAAGG